UCUGCAAAUUAUAUGUUAUUACAUGCAGCAUUAAGAGAGAAAACUCGAAAAAAUCGCUAUUCGGGACUUUCGGCUUUCGACAUUCGGGUUUCGGCCGUACUACAUUUACCGCUUACCCUGCUGAUAAGGUAUAAUGGCGCAUCGCAUUUAGCUCUCGGCUAACUUACUUAGGAAACAAAAGUCAAUGUUGGAGUAGGCCUAUUUGAUGAAUUGUCGAUUUUGCCACUUAACAGUCAAACAAGAAUUUCAGAACAAACUCUUAGGUAAUUGUAUCUGCUACACGUAUGCUUGACAACAAUCCUUGUUUGCGUGGUAUAUAGAUCAAGCUCGACUCCAUCUCAAUGGCUGCACGUGCUAACACAGACUGGCGUACAGGGCGGACUGUGACGCAAUGUAACAAGUACAUGCUCGAGCACGAAGUGGAAGGCGAUGUUACCUUAGCUGUGGGUAGGGAAAAAAUCAAAGCCCACAGAUACAUGCUGAUGAGUCGCAGUGCCGUGUUCCACUCCAAACUGACACAACAGAGGACGUUGGUGGAAAUCAACAUCCCUGAUAUUGAGUCUGAUAUAGUUCAUAAAAUGUUAAUGUUCAUUUACACGGAUGAUGUUGAGUUUGAUAACCAUUCAGCAAUGAAACUGUAUCAAGCUGCCAGAAAAUAUAAGAUCAAUGACCUGAUGGGACUGUGCUUUAUGAGAAUGAGCGCAGGACUUUCCAGAGAAAAUGUUUGCAUUGUUCUGAAAAUGGCUUAUGACCUGGGGAACAGUGAUGUGAAAAUCAAUGCUUUAGACUAUUUCUGUAGAUGUGCUGAGGAGUUGGUAGAGUUAGAAGGAAUUUUUGAAUUGCCCCAAAGUUGUUUGAUUGACAUUUUAAAAAGUGAUAAGUUGAAAAUUUCAGAAGAGAAAAAGUAUGAAUUGGCAAUUUUUUGGGCAGAAGGUCAUUGUAGGCAACAAAACCGAGAAGUAAAUGAUGCUAACUUGAAAGACUUGCUGGCACCGGUGGUCAAUUUCAUCAAAUUUGAAGACAUGUCUUUAGAAUACUUUAACAAUUGUGUCUCAAAAAGAAAUGUUUUGGAGCAAACUAUGAUAAUCUGCAUAUUUCAGAAGUUAGUAAGUAAGCCACAAACUAGAUUAUCGAACAGUCCAUCAUCAUCUGCUAGAGGAGCUGUCGGUGUAAACCAAUCAGCAUCAUUGUCUGAUAGAAGAUCUGCCAAUGAACCAUCGACUUCUUUACCGGCAGAUUCCACGACCACAGAAAAUCUCUCGCAGUCUCUGCUAAAUUCGUCAUCCAUGCCACAGAUGGAAAGGGAUCCUUCCAGCUCCUCUGUGUUAGCUAUAGGUCGCCAAGGCCCAACUCCGAUCCCCCCGAGGGGAAAUAAUACCAACAACAACAGAGCUCAACCAGCUCGACAGCAAACUGGUGCCCAACCACUACCAAAUAAUUUCACAGAUGAAAUGGGCAGAAUAACGAUAUGGAGAUUUGGAGGCCUCUUGAGUGGAAAAGCGUACUUGAGAGAUAACAUAGAUGCAAUUUCAAUCAUUCCAAGUCACUCGGGCAAAUUACAUGGCAUCUAUUUGUAUGGAAGUCACCAGAGGCAGGCAACCUACAAAGUUAACAUUAAAAUACUAGAGGAUGGCAUAGUCAAAAGAGCUAUUCCGAACCGAGACAUAGUGUCUGAUGGCAGAGAAAAGGUCCAUCUGUUGACAAUCGAUCCGCCCAUGAAUUUUGUGUUAGACAAUGUCUACACUGUUGAAAUGGUGAUGAAGGGCCCCACAAGUUAUUAUGGCAAAACAGGGAGGGACAUGGUUACUGAGGGCGAUGUGACCUUCACCUUUAUUCCCAAUGAUAAUGGACUGAAUGGAACGAACACAGAGAUCGGUCAGUUUCCUGGAUUUGUCUUUGAGAAAACGGUGUCAUAGAAUGCUGAAUUUUCAUUAUUUGCUGGGUGUAGAUGGCUUGGAAUAGCGGCUUGAGGUAAAUGAUAAUCCAGUCGCAUAUUUUCUCAUCCUUUCUAUGAUUGAAUGACAGUCUUGUCAGUUUCAACAGCAUUUGGAUUCACAAUGUAUAUAUGGAUAUGAGAAGCCUACUGACAAUGUCCAGCAUGAUGACCAGAUAUUGCCGGUAAUACAUACACGGGUGAGGCUCUCUGUUUUCAAAAAUGUAUAUUAAAAGAUUUUGUAAGUACAUAUAUUUAGAAUUUACUGGUAUACACUGAAUGGUGGAACCAUCAAACCUUAAAAGAAUUCAGCCUCUCUAAAUGCAUGAUUUUUUAGAUUUAAAACCACAUGGAUGUGUGUAUAUUAUUGUGUGAAUUUCUGUUACUUUUAAGUACACAUGCAUUGGUAUUUUUAAACUUGGCAAUGUAUAUAGAUUAAAUUUCUUGUAAUAAUAUACCAACAAAAGAGCAAAGGACAUUACGCUGUAAAAUUGGCCCUUUCACCAUUUGAUCAUUAUUUUUUCCUUGUAUACUGCUCUUUGAAAAUGAAAGUAUAUCAAAAUGUCAUAAUGCUGCAAUGCCUACAUCACAUGUUAAUUUCUUCUUUUUAAAAAUUAGAUAAAUACUCAAGCAAGUUAUAUUGGCAAGGGUUCGUUUUAUUUUUAGACAGAAAUAUUAGAUUUUACUGGUAUAGUAUAAUUUUUUUUCUCUUUUAAAUGUCACCAAUAAAUGGAUCUUGCUCCAAUGAAUGUAGAUGCAAAAGCCCCUUGACUUGAAUAGUGUGUUAGCAGACUAAAGUUGAACAAUGUUACAUGUAUCAUGCUUAAGAUCUGAGUUCUAUACCAGCUCUAUGUACCAAAUCUACAUAACACUCAUUUUGUAUCAGCAUCGUCAUACAUCUAGUAUUUAUUUUUAGUUGAGUUCCACUAGCUGAGGAUAAUGGACACAGAAUAUAUAUGCAAAAUUUUUGUCAUAUUUAAGUGUUCAACUGACUUAUGUUGUCAUGUGCAAACUUUUCCUGUAAGACAUGUGAAUUUACAACACCAGCACAACACGAAGCAUUUUAACGAAUGAAAAUUUAACUUCUUUAAUUACAUUAUUUUGAAAUAAUAAGUUAGAUUUUUUGAUUGGUGUGUUUAUGUGUAUUUAUUGUACACUGUCUGCAUUUGUUACUUAUAACAAGUUAUUGUAAUUGUUCCAUGUUACUGAAGGAAUAAUUGUGCAUGAAUUUUAGAAAUGUAUGCAUUCAAAUACAGAUUUACAAAUAUAUA